GAGAAAGAAUUAUCCAUUAAAAUUAGAAAAAAAAAAACACAGAAUAACACAAAAAUAGGCCAUUACAUCCCAUCUUCCCCUUUUUUUUCUCUUUCUGUAUUCCAUUCUUCUCAUCUCAAUUUCUUUUCUAGCUCAUUUCAGCUCAAGAACCAAAUUCCCACCUCCGAUUUUGUUCGGAUUUAUUCAUCAGAUUCAAAUUUUCGUUUUUUGGGGUUGAUUUAAUUCAUUCGUUUCAUACAGAGAUUAUUUUUUUUUGCACACACAGAUGUGUGUGUGUUUAUGAAGAAAUUGGUAAUAGAAGGUUGUAGACGUUUCCGUUUAUUAUAGAAGCUAUAGCUCGGUUUGGGUUUUUUGGAGGAGGUGAGAGAAUCCAGUACAUUGGUCUCGAAAGGGACCGUUAACGGUAAGAUCCUCAAAAUUUCUGUUUUGGUGGAUCUGAUGGUGAAAUGAGCGAAUUUGGACGGUUUAAGCAUUACCCAGAAUUGGAAAAGAGGUUAAGAGUCUUCAAAUUGGUAUUGUGGUGAAAAAGAUCAUUUCUUGAUUGUUUUAAGAUUGCCCCACUGCGUAGAAUAAAGGGAGAGAUAGUGGGUGCCGACCCUUAUUUAAGGUAGCUUUUUGUUUAGCUUUGUUUGGAGUUUUGGUGAAUUGGGGGAUAGGGGUGGUGAUUGGAGUAGAUAAAUUAGUUGGGGUGGAGAAGGGAGGAAGAUGCAGCUGCACUUCUCACCUAGCAUGAGAAGUAUAACAAUAUCAAAUAGCAAUGGAGGGCUAGGUGAUUUGAUGAAGAUCAAGGUCGCAUCUCGCCAAUUCUCUUACCGAAAACUCUUUCACACCAUACUCUUCCUCGCUUUCUUGUUGCCAUUUAUCUUCAUUCUCACUGCUCUUGUUACCCUUGAAGGUGUCAACAAAUGCUCCUCAUUUGAUUGUUUAGGCAGACGAUUGGGACCAAAGCUCCUUGGGCGAUCUGAUGGUUCAGGGCAGAAGCUUGUUAAGGAUUUUGUUAAGAUCCUCAAUCAAGUGAACUCUGAGGAAGUGCCUGCUGGCUUGAAGCUCCCAGAGUCGUAUAGUCAACUGGUUUCUGAAGUAAAAAACAACAAGCACAGCACAAAAGAAUUUGCUUUGAUGUUGAAGGGAAUGAUGGAGAAAUCUGAAAGGGAGAUCAGGGAAUCAAAAUUUGCUGAGUUAACGAAUAAACAUUUUGCAGCAAGUGCAGUUCCAAAAGGCAUUCACUGUCUUUCACUGCGUUUGACUGAUGAAUACUCGACCAAUGCUCAUGCACGCAAGCAGUUGCCUUCACCAGAACUACUCCCUUUGCUUUCUGACAACUCAUUGCACCAUUUUGUACUGUCAACUGAUAACAUCCUAGCUGCGGCAGUUGUCGUCAGUUCUGGCGUGCAGUCAGCUCUAAAACCUGAAAAGAUUGUUUUCCAUGUCAUCACUGAUAAGAAAACAUAUGCAGGCAUGCAUUCAUGGUUUGCUCUGAAUCCUGUCUCUCCUGCUAUUGUGGAAGUUAAAGGUAUUCAUCAGUUUGACUGGUUGACAAGAGAAAAUGUUCCCGUACUCGAAGCAGUUGAGAGCCAUUAUGGGAUUCGGAAAUACUACCAUGGAAAUCAUAUUGCAGGUGCCAAUCUCAGUGAUAUUACUCCACGCUCUUUUGCCUCAAAAUUGCAGGCUAGAAGUCCAAAAUACAUAUCCUUGCUAAAUCAUAUUCGCGUAUAUUUACCAGAGCUUUUUCCGAACCUUGAUAAAGUGGUUUUCUUAGACGAUGAUAUUGUAAUUCAGCGUGACCUAUCCCCCUUGUGGGACAUUGAUCUGAAUGGUAAGGUGAAUGGAGCUGUUGAGACCUGUAAAGGUGAAGAUAGGUGGGUGAUGUCUAAGCGAUUCAGAAAUUACUUCAAUUUUUCUCAUCCUCUCAUUGCAAAGAAUUUGAACCCCGAUGAGUGUGCAUGGGCUUAUGGGAUGAAUAUAUUUGACUUGCGUGCAUGGAGAAAGACAAGUAUAAGAGAUAGUUAUCAUUCAUGGCUUAAAGAGAAUCUGAAGUCUAACUUAACAAUGUGGAAACUUGGAACACUGCCUCCUGCUUUGAUUGCAUUCAAAGGUCAUGUUCAUCCUAUUGACCCGUCGUGGCACAUGCUUGGCUUGGGCUAUCAGAAUAAUACCAAUGUUGAGAAUGUGAAGAAGGCUGCUGUCAUUCAUUACAAUGGUCAAUCGAAGCCUUGGCUUGAAAUAGGCUUUGAGCAUCUCCGGCCUUUUUGGACCAAGUAUGUUAACAGCACCAAUGAUUUCAUUAAGAAUUGUCACAUAUUGGAGUAGUGUACGUGUUAUGCUGCAAGGAGAAUACGCAGGAUAGAAAUUCAAAUGGCAUAGGCUUUGCUGAAUAUUUGCUAGGGAACUUAAAAUCGAAUUGAGAAGGAGAUUCUGAUACUUGACAGAAUUGGCUGGGAUAUAUUCAGGUAUGGAAUGUGUGCUACUUUGACUCACUUCUAUGAAGAGUACCUGCGAUACUAGCAUGGAUAUGAGAUUCGUUCUUCCCAUCUGUAAAAUAAAAAUUCGUUGCCUAGCUUGUUGAUGUGACAAAAGUACACAUUAUAUCUGCACUUUAGGUGAAUGUAGUAUACAUUUGGCUCUCACUGUUACCAUCAGUGAUACAAAAUCGGGACAUCCCGAGAAGAAAAGCUAGGAUGGUGGCGCUCACUUUUGGCUAUCCAUUUGGCUCCAUUAGAGGUUGAGAUGAUUCUUUUGGCUUCAUUUCAUUUUUUUUUACCUAGUCAGUUUGAUCGCCAUCGCCCUUGUUGUUUUCUUGAUUAAAUCAAUAUCUUGUCAUUUUAGGCAGUAGAUUAUAGAAAAUUUUAAGUCCCUUGUUAAUGACCUGUGUAGGUUAUACAUAUUGGUACUUUUUUGUAUGAUCAAGAGUAAUUAUAGACAAGCUCAGAUUAUUAUUAUUUUUUAUCAAGUUCUUCAUUCACAGAC